GCUGUUCUGCUGCAAGUCAGUUGUAGUUGUCAAGGCAACCAGCAAAAACAAAUUGCAAAAAUCUUGUGCAUAAAAUGCAUAGUAAAUAAUUUUUGAGGUUUUUAGUAAUAAAUUUGCAAUUUUAAAAUGUUAAAUUCGAUUACUUGACGUGAUCUUCACACAGUAUGGAUUGGCAUAUGAAUUUGGUGUUGCCCGGACUCUAUGUUGGCAAUUAUCGCGAUUCGAAGGAUCAGCAGCAGUUGGACAAGCAUCAGAUUACACACAUUAUAGCCAUACACGAUAGUCCAAGACGUUUGCUGCCGGACAAACACUAUCUGUGCGUGAUGGCUGCCGACACACCCGAUCAGAAUCUGUCGCAAUAUUUUUCUGUUUGCAAUGACUUCAUACAUGCUGCGCGCUUGCGUGAGGGCAAUGUGCUGAUACAUUGUCUGGCCGGAAUGUCACGUUCCGUUACUGUUGCCGUGGCAUACAUAAUGACCGCCACCAAUUUGAGCUGGAAGGAAGCGUUAAAGGUAGUGCGCGCUGGACGCGCCGUUGCCAAUCCGAAUAUCGGUUUCCAGACACAGCUGCAGGAAUUCGAAAUGUAUCGUCUGAUGGAGGAGCGUAGACGUUUGCGUGAACGUUUUCCCUCAACAGCGUUGGAACAUUUGGAUCGCUCCAAGUGCUCAGCGGCGUUGGACAACUAUCAGGAGCUCUUGCAGAAUCGUGAUAUAUGCGAGGGAAAUUGUACGCGUGGUGAAAAAUGUCCAACAGGUGUCUGCAAUAUGGAUCCUUCGAAGGGUCUCUUCCGUCGUCGUCCUUCUUCAGCGUCGACGCGUUCACGUUUGCGCGGUCAGCCCUCCACUUCGAGCGCUUCAGCAUCGCCUUCGAUAUCGUCUGCUGCCCUCGCCAAUGUAAUCGCUACGAAUGUGGCGCAAUCGUGUCCGACUUCACCCAGCCAUUCGCCGGCCACACGUCGUUCGCUGGGCACACAGAAAAUACCCGAAGAUGAGGAGGCGCAAAACCCACCCACACAGCCAGUAAAUACAACAACAACAACAGCGCAAAUUAACAACACAACCACAACGACCACCAACAACAGCAACACGACCACCACGUUAAACACGAUAAUUACGACUACCACCACCACCGCCGUAGCGUUGUCGCCGCUCAUUGCGACAGCGAGUAGUUCAAAAGAGGCGGCUGAAUACGCGGCCGCCAUCAACGAUGCGAAACGUGAGCGUGAGGCAUUGCAUAAGUCACCGCCAGCUGGGCGCAUGCGCAAUCCACGUGUGAACAGCGCUGGCAGUCGGCUGAUUAGUGGUUCCGCAAAACAGCGCGCCGCCGUAUCCGCUACAGUGGCAGCGCAGCAGCAGCACGAUGAGGUCGUUAAGUGUACUACAUGUAGAAAUGGUGGUGGCAGCAGCAAUGGACAAGCACAACUGCAGCGCAGCGCCAGCACUGUGAGCGGUUUGUCGGUGCGACCGUGCAGCAGUCCGGCCGGUUUGCAUGCGUACACAGGCAAAGUGCCUGGCUCGGUGCCAUCGUCCGUCCAUGGUUCGCGCGUGGAUCUGCGCGAUUUAGAUAAGGGUUCGGCAAUUUAUUUGGGUUGCUCCGCGCCACGCAAUUCAACACUCUCGCUGUCUUCGCGCACCUCAUCGGGCAGUUCGGCGCCACCAUCGCCUGUGCGUACGCCGCCAGUGAGUCCGCGUCAUGGCAUUAGGAGGGCUGCUACUGUGGUGAAAAAACAACAGCAAAGGUGAAACAAUUGCAAAGCCUGAUAAUGGCGCGUCGCAACCAUCAUUGCUGUAGCAAUCUAGGAGCACUUCCUUUCAACAGCGAAAGUGCUGCGAUCAAAAGCGAGUUCUACUGAGCUACCUUUGUUAUUUUGUAGCGUACUAAAUGCGGCUUUGUAGCCGCAAAACAAGCUAACUGGCUUUGUAUAGGUUCCUUCAAUUUGGUAAACUGUUUAAGAUCAUUAUUUUUAAAUUGUCAAAUGUUCAAAACAUUUGAAUACUGUUAUUUGACAAAUGCUAGGGUAACCAAAAAGCAUUUUUCCCGCGCUUAGCUUACACUUGGCAUAGAAAUUUCAAAAACUCAAAGCAAUUACCUACAUAGUACUAUGGUUAUAAGAAACUUAGCGAAACUAGUUUUUUUACAAUACAGAACUAUUAAUUAUUUGAUUGUUGCUUAGAUGUAUACGCAUACAUACACAAACAUAGUAUAGGUAUAAUAUAGGAUAAAGCUUACAAAAAUGUGAAAUUUAGAAAAAUAUGUACGAAAUUGUAAUGUAUUUCAAUUAGAGUGUCGGUUGUUUGAGGAAAAAAUUCAAUUAUGCAUAAAAAACAAGUUUAACCGAACCAACUCGAAAUUA